AUGGUGCGCGUGUACUUCGACGUCUCGAUCGGCGGCUCCCGCGCGGGGCGCAUCGUGUUCCGGCUGUACCCUGGUCUCCCCAAGACGACAGAGAACUUCCGGUCUCUAUGCACGGGCGAGCGCGGGCUGGGGCGCAGCACGGGCAAGCCGCUGCACUACAAGAAGGUGCCGUUCCACCGCGUCAUCAAGGGCUUCAUGCUGCAGGGCGGGGACUUCUCGCGACGCAACGGCACGGGCGGCGAGUCCAUCUACGGGGACAAGUUCGCGGACGAGAGCUUCCGCUACCGCCACUCGAAGGCGGGGCUGCUGUCCAUGGCCAACGCCGGCAGGAACACGAACGGCAGCCAGUUCUUCAUCACGACCGUGCCCACGCCGCACCUGGACGGCAAGCACGUGGUCUUCGGGGAGGUGGAGAGCGGCAUGGACGUGGUGCGCAGGGUGGAGAACGUGGAGACGGUGGCCAAUGACAAGCCGGCGCCCAUGCAGGCGGUGGUGAUCGAGGACUGCGGCGAGAUC